UUCCAUCGGUUUUGACGUUCUGUUAUAUUUUAGCUCUAAAGACCACACUCUGUAGUUAAAAGUGAAACAAACUUUGUCAAGUUCGUUUUUUUGCAAAAUGGCAGCUAGUUCAUCCGUCAACAUAGUGACCAUUGAUCGUAGAAAGAUUUUAGGGGUGGGAGGUUUUUCUACUGUUUAUGAAGGUGCUUGGCGUGAUCUUAAAGUGGCUGUCAAACGGAUUCCCCUAGAAAAAGCCGCGAGUAAUGAACAAGAAGAGAAGGCCCUAAAAAUGUUGGAUCAUACUAACGUCAUCAAAUUAUUUCACGUGCAGGAGGACCAAGACUUUAAAAUUUUUGUCCUUGAACUGUGUGAUGCCUCUUUGGAGAAACUAUUUCUCAAAGAAAAUGACCCGAAAAAAUACCGCGGCCCAAUGCCACCAGACCCGGAAGUUCUUCUUCAGUUGGCUAAAGGACUCGAGUAUAUUCAUCAAAUGGGAUUAGUCCAUCACGACAUCAAGCCAGAGAACGUACUCAUAAGUUUGGAUUCUACAACCCAACGAGUGGUAAUGAAGUGGGCCAGUUUUGAUUUCAGUAAACAAUUCAACGAAAGGGGUUCUUUUACAAUGAGUGGUGUUAGAGGAACAUACGAUUAUUUUGCCCCUGAAAUAUUGAAAUUACUGGACGGAGAUAAUUCUACUGAAAACGUUGCUCAGAACAGAGGAACCGUCAAGAGCGAUGUAUUCGCAGAAGGCCUCGUCUUUGGCUAUUUCAUUUCAGAAGGGAUUCAUCCCUUUGGCACCUCAAGUCAUCAAAUUUCAGUAAACGUACGGACAAAUGAACCAGUCAAUCUUCCCAUUUUCCGUGAAGAAAUAGGAAACGUUUGUAAUAUAAUCACAGAAAUGUUGGAAAAAGAACCAAGAAAUCGAAUUACAUCAUCGGAUGUCGUGAAGCGACUCAUGCAAAUCACGAUUUCAACCUCAGUUAGGCAUAAUUCAUUUGUUAGCAAAUUGAAAAUCGAUCGUGCAAAGAUUUUAGGAGAGGGAGGUUUUGGUAUCGUUUUUGAAGGUGUUUGGGGUGAAAUAAAAGUAGCCGUCAAACGAAUUCCUGUAGAAAAAGCUGCGAGCAGUAAACGAGAAGAAAAUGCGUUGAAAAUAUUUAAUGAUGAGCACGUCAUCAAAUUAUUUCACGUGGAAGAGGACCAAAACUUUAAAAGUUUCGCCCUUGAAUUGUGUGAUGCCUCCUUAGAUAGACUAUUUCUCAAAGAAAAUGACCCGAAAAAAUACCGCGGCCCAAUGCCAACAGAAACAGAAGUUCUCCUCCAGUUGGCUAAAGGACUCGAGUAUAUUCAUCAAAUGAAAUAUGUCCAUCGCGACAUCAAACCACAGAACGUACUCAUAAGUUUGGAUUCUACAACCCAACGAGUGGUAAUGAAGUGGGCAGAUUUUGGUUUCAGUAAAGAAGUCAACGAAAGGGGAACUUACACCAUGAAGAGUGGAGUGAAGGGAACAGACGAUUACUUUGCACCGGAAAUAUUGAAAUUACUGGACGAGGAUCAGAUCGCUAAUGAUAACGAAGCUAAGAAAAGAGGAACAGUCAAGAGCGAUGUAUUCGCAGAAGGCCUCGUCUUUGGCUAUUUCCUUUCGAGAGGAGUUCAUCCUUUUGGCACCUUAAGUCAUCAAAUUCAAAACAACUUACGAACAAAUGAACCGACCAACCUCCCCGAAAAAAAAGAAUUUCGUAAUAUUAUCAUUAAAAUGUUAAACAAAAAACCAGAGAAUCGAAUUUCAUCGUCGGAUGCCGUUAAUCUGCUUUUAAAUUUCAUGCAAACCACGGUAAAAAAGGAAUCGGGGCAGAUGUCAAUCUCAGGGUCCUCAGCAUUUAGUUCAUUUGUAAACAGGUUGACCAUUGAUCGUGCGAAGAUUUUAGGAACGGGAAAUUAUGGAAUUGUUUUCGAAGGUGCUUGGGGUGAAAUUAAAGUAGCCGUAAAAAGAAUUCCUUUAGAAAAUGUCGCGAUCAUCAGCAAUGAACAAGAAGAAAUGGCCCUAAAAAUGUUAGAUCAUACCAACGUCAUCAAAUUAUUUCAUGUGCAGGAGAACCAAGACUUCAAGAUUUUCGUCCUGGAAUUGUGUGAUGCCUCUUUAGACCAACUAUUUCUCAAAGAAAAUGACCCGAAAAAAUACAGUGGCCCGAUGCCACCAGAAACAGACGUUCUUCUCCAGUUAGCUAGAGGGCUCGAGCAUAUACAUCAAAAGGGAUUAGUCCAUCGCGAUAUCAAGCCAAAGAACGUACUCAUCCGUUUGGAUUCUACAACCCAACAAGUGGUGAUGAAGUGGGCAGAUUUUGGUUUGAGUAAAAAAGUCAACGAAAGGGGAACUUUCACCAUGACUGGAGUGAAGGGAACAUUAAAUUGGUUAGCACCGGAAAUAUUGAAAUUACUUGACGACGAAAGUUCUGAUGAAAAUGAAGCUCAGAACAGAGGAACCGUCAAGAGCGAUGUAUUUGCAGAAGGACUCGUCUUUGGCUAUUUCAUUUCGGGAGGGGUUCAUCCCUUUGGCUCCUCAAGUUAUGAAAUUCAAAUCAACUUACGAACAAAGGAACCAGCCAACCUUCCCCAAACGAAAGAAAUUCGUAAUAUAAUAGAAAAAAUGUUAGAGAAAGAACCAAUAAAUCGAAUUACAUCAUCUGAUCUCUUAAAUCUACUCAUAAUAAAGAUUCCAAAAAUCAGGAUGAAAAAGAUGUUCACUUUAAUUGCGAAAGGGAAUCCAAGCGUGGAAGAAAUCGGAAAACUGAUACAAGAAGGUGUAGAUAUCAAUGCCAAAGAUAAAAAAGGUUUGGCACCACUAUUGCACUUGGCAGAAAACAAAAAUCAAAGUGAUAAUGUGGUAGAAAUAGUUCGACUUUUGAUCCAAAACGGAGCUAACGUCAAUACAACGGACUGGAAGGGUAGAAAUGCUCUUCAUUUAUUGUGCGAAAAUCACCGAAAUCAUCAAGAUGAAAGUUUUGUUGCGAUGGUUAAUCUCUGGAUUGAAAAGGGAAUCGAAGUCAAUUGCAAAAACAAAUAUGGAGAAAAUGCUCUCACUAAAUUGUGUGAACACAACGAAGGAAAUUUAGUUGAGAAAAUUCAAAUUUUAAUUGAGAAAAAAAUCGACGUCAAUUGCAAGACGAAAGACGGAUCGAAUGCCCUAACUUUAUUAUGUAAAUUUUGUUAUAACGAAAAUUUAAUUGAAAUAAUUCAACUUUUAAUUCAACAUGAAAUUAACGUCAAUCGCAAGACCAACGACGGAUCGAAUGCUCUCACUUUAUUAUGGGAUAAGAAAAAUCUAAAAGAAAUUAUGGAUCUUUUGAUUCGAAGAGGAUUCAAUGUGACUUCAGAAACGUGCACCUUCUUCCAGGAAAAUUACCACAAAGAAAAUCGCGAUGAAAUCUUGCAAUUACUUGAUCAACAACAUCCACAGAUGAACCAGUGAGCAAAAAAGCAAACGAAGAAAGUUUGAAUAAACAUUUUGGGUUCUACAGUACCUUUGUUAAAAUGUAUUAGGUAGACAACUGGACCUUAAUAUAUUCUUCUUUUUAACGUGUGUAAACUUUGCCUUUUAAUUUUCUUAUCAAAUAUAUUUAAAUCUAUGUGUAAAAACCUGCGUCAUUCAUAAAAAUGUUAACUAAUAGCGUCCUAUACUUCUCUAACACAAAAUACACAACACAUGGGAAAAUAAACGAUGCAUUGGUAUCAAUUUGCUUUUUAAGUUUCAAAUCUUUCGUCGUCAUGAGUAACCUCAACAGCGAUCGCCAUCGCUCCUCUUAUAUUCUCAUGUAUUUAUUGUGGUAGCCUAGCAUGCCCAUAUUAUUUGAUUGACAGAAACGGAAGGGCUUUCUCAGACUUUGGCAAACAACUUUCAAAAAAAGACAAAAACGACGCUUAAAAAUGGUUUGGGUACGGCAACAGAUUUUUCCUAAUGACUUUCGUUUGGAUUGAAAAACACUCGGCAGUGGAUCAGACUAAAAUGUAAGGAUGAACAAUCCUUUCCGUUUCUCAUUGAGUUUCUCUCCAUUUUUACUAGCUAGACUUAGUGUAAAAGAUUUUUUUUAAUGCGGAAGAAAAAAAGGCUUUAGGGUACAUUGCAGCAUCGUCAACUUCCUGAUUUCAUACAAUUGUCUGCACAUAAAAGAAUGAACCAUCGAUCCUUAUUUUUGUUUCGAUUAUAUCGUUCACUUGUUGCGUCAACUUUGGAGAUAUCGGUAAUGGCCGUUUAGAUAGACAACUAGAUAACUGCACAGUGCAAAGUAGUCCAGCACAAGGAAGUCAAAACAUAUCGCAAGGUACUGUAUAAAUAGUCAACAGGAUCGACACAAGCAGAAUCGAACCAGUUGAACAAACUCGUAAGAACGAUCAACGAAUUCAAAAAAGGUAAAAAUGAAACAAAUUGUUUUAUCAUUAAAAAAAAACUCGACUGAUGGGAUAUCGUUUACGACCAAGAUCGCCAAGAUUCCGCCAAUCCUCUAGUCGUGAUGGAAAUGAGCGUGGCAAUUGCCGGAUGGUUCAGCCUUGCCUUCGCUUUAAGCAAAUCGCUAGACUCCUCUCUGAAUCGUCUAGAGAAGUUACAAUGGUAAAGUUUAAAAAAUCGUAUAAUGCUUGUCCUUGAGGCGCUCGCAGACUUUCAAGAAGUUAGAUAAAAGCUCGGCAGUUACGGUCAGUCUCAAACUUUGCGAUCAAAUUCGAGAAUAUGUUUUGCCUAACUUGGGCUCUGCCUAUGGGCUAGGCUGACUGAUAGGGGAAAUCAACCAGCUGCUCUAAAGCUUGUCCCACGUGAGGAACUCCCCAAUGAAAAACAAAAGAAACGAUUGGCAGAGAAAGCACCCACAAAAAGCUGAGAAAGAACCGGGAAAGAAAAUAAAAAUGCUAAAUUAU